AUUUACAAAGCAAGCAAGAACACUAGCAUCCCAAGAAAUGGCGUUGGCUAAUGCAGUAGAUACCACCCAAGAGCUUCUGGAUGCUCAAUCUCAUGUUUGGAAUCUCAUAUUCAGCCACAUAAGUUCAAUGUCCCUUAAAUCCGCAAUUCAAUUAGGCAUACCCGAUGCCAUCCACAAACACAAUAAGCCUAUCACACUUUCUCAAUUAGCCGACGCCCUCUCCAUCAACAAAGCCAAAUCCCCCGCCCUCUUUCGCCUUAUGCGAAUUCUUGUCCAUUCCAAGAUCUUCGACAAGGUUAACAUCGAGGACGAGGAUGAGGAAGAGGCCUACUCGCUCACAAGGGCUUCGUGUCUCUUGCUGAGAGACGAGCCCUUGAGCUUCGCCCCUUUCGCGCUCACCAUAAUCGAUCCCAUCUUAGCGGAUCCUUUCCAUCAUGUGACCGAAUGGUUUAAAAAUGAAAGCGCUUCUCCAUUCUUUACCAGAAAUGGGAGUGGUUUAUUUGAACUUACAGGAAACGACAGGGUUUUUAAUCAAGUAUUCAAUGAAGGAAUGGCUAGUGAUGCGAGGUUUGUGGGAAGCAUACUUGUGGAAAAAUGCAAGCAUGUUUUUGAGGGUUUGACAUCUUUGGUGGAUGUGGGUGGCGGCACUGGCACGGUGGCAAAGGUCGUUGCAGACGCCUUUCCCGGCUUGAAAUGCGUGGUGCUCGAGCUCCCCCACGUGAUUGCUGGGCUUGAGGGAUCUGAGAAUCUGAGCUUUGUUAGUGGAGACAUGUUUGAGUUCAUUCCACCAGCUGAUGCAAUUUUCUUCAAAUGGAUAUUCCAUGACUGGAGCGAUGAAGAUUGUAUUAAGAUUUUGGGAAGAUGCAAAGAAGCAAUAACUUCAAGCAAAGAGAAAGGUGGAAAAGUGAUUAUAGUUGAUAUGGUAGUGGAUUGUGAGAAACAAGAAGAUGUGGCGAUUGAAACUCAGCUGUGUAUGGAUAUGCUGAUGAUGGCCGUGACUACUGGUAAAGAGAGAAGUGAGAAAGAGUGGGCUAAGCUGUUUUCUGCAGCUGGCUUCCUCAACUACAAGAUCACUCCUAUCUUGGGGUUGAGGUCUGUAAUCGAGGUAUUUCUGUCAUGAUUGAUUAAUACUAGUGUUAGUAUUUCGUUUAUGUAUAACAUUGAAUUGGUGCAUGUUGCUAGCAUUGUGCUUUUUCUUUUUAAUGCCGUCUGGACUUGCUAAUGUGGAAAAGAGUGCAUGCCUCUUGACUACAUUAUUGUGGUGAUGCGUAUUUUUUAAAAUAACUUUGUGGUGAUGGUUAUGUAAUUUUGAAUAUUAUUGUAUUUUGGAUAUUACUGUGGUGAUGCCUAUUUAAAAUUCCCAUACAUAAACCACAUGUUGCUGCAUAGCAUACA